AUGGCAGGUAGAAUACAACUGGUUAAAACUACUAUCAUUGCUAUUGCACAAUUUUGGAUGCAUUGUCUUCCUCUCCUCAAGACUGUCAUCAAGAAGAUAGAUAGUAUUUGUAGAAGUUUUGUGUGGACUAGGAAAGCAACUGUCAGCAAGAAAAGCCCCAUUGCUUGGAAUUCAGUUUGCAGGCCAAAAAGUCUUGGAGGUAUGAACAUCUUCAAUCUCUGUCUCUGGAAUGAUAUUGCUCUUUUGAAGUGUCUUUGGAAUCUGAGUUUAAAAGCUGACAACCUUUGGGUUAAAUGGGUGCAUGCCCAUUAUCUCAAGAAGAAGACUUUGAUGGAGGCAGACAUUAGCAACAGUUGCUCUUGGGUGAUAAAGAAAAUUUUUAAACUUAGAGAGCAUCUCCCUAAUCUCCAGCCAAUGUGGGAUCAAAUGAUUCAAAAGAUGAGCUUUUGUAUGCAUAAGUUGAAUGACAAACUGAUGGAUUUUGAUAGGGUGCCUUGGAGAUAUCUACUACAAGGUAACAGUGCUAGACCUAGGGCUACUAUCAUCACAUGGAUGGCCUGCCAUGGUAGAUUGAGUACGAAGGAUAGACUGAGACGGAUUGGUUUGAUUACUGAUCAUAUUUGCAGCCUGUGUAAUGUUUGUGAUAAAACUCUCGAUCAUCUUCUGUUUGAAUGCAGGUUUGCAAAGGAUGUUUGGAAAUAUGUUCUGCAGUGGAUAGGCAUUUCACAUGAGCCUCAACCUUGGUCCCUUGAGCUUGGCUGGAUUACCCGUAUGACAACAAAAAAAGGUUGGAGAUUUAGGAUCCUAAAGAUAGCAAUUGCUGAAACUAUAUAUGGUGUUUGGCAAUAUAGGAAUGAUGUUAUUUUUAGGGGAAAUACUCAUAGGAAUACAAGUAUAGAUAUUGGAGAUAGAAUUAUAGAGAAAUUGAUGUAUAGAGGGUGGUAUUCACCCAAAUUAAAGAAGCACAUAGCUACCUUAAUGCUUUAG